AGCCACAGGCUCUGAGGGCUCUGAGGGCGGAACUCAUGGCUGGGGCGACGACUGAGGAGGUGGCGGCUGAGGCCAAGGCGCCGGAGCCGGAGCCGAAGCCGGAGGAGCCACAGGAGGCACCGACAGAGCGUGUGGAACUGCCGCCAGGGGUGCAAGCCUUUACAGUCAAAGUGCCGGAGGAUGGACAGCCGGGUUCGAUUGUGUACUUCACUGCGAACGGCCAGAACCUGCAAGCGCAGGUGCCAGAGGGCAAGGGCCCUGGGGAGGAGUUUUCGGUGCUCGUCCAAGCGCCGCCCAUGCAUCCCACGCAGGCGCGAGUGAAGGUGCCGGAGGGCGUGAAGCCUGGUGAGAAGAUCAUCUUCCCGGGGCCUUUCGGCCUCAACCUGGAGGCGAUCGUCCCCGAAGGCAAAGAACCAGGGGACGAGUUCCACGUGGCCCUGCCUCCGCCACCGUCAAACAGCUUCAUCCUCACUGUGCCAGAGGACAAGAAGGAAGGCGAGGAGGUCUUUUUCAAUGCCAACGGCCAGAACAUGCGGGCCAUCAUUCCAGAAGGCAAGAAGCCUGGGGACACUUUUGAGGUCCAUCUGGGGCCGAGCCAAGUGAUGGUCACGGUGCCGGAAGGCAAAGACGCGGGCGAGGAGGUGGAAUUCCAUGGGCCUGGGGGUGCCCUUCUGAAGGCCACAGUCCCGAAGGGUCUCAAGCCCGGCGAGCAGUUUGCAGUCAGCCUGGUGAACGAUCCGGCCCUCAAAGCAGGGCUUCCGGCCCUUUGCACCGCCUGCUCACAUGGCGACCUCCAGGCAGCGCAGAAGCUGGUGCAGCAAUCGAGCCUUGACAUCAACAGUACCUUCGAUCAAGGCUUCACGCCGUUGUUCUACGCAGCCACGAGCGGCGCCUUUGAAGUGUGCAAGUGGCUGCUGGAGGAGCGGGCCAACGUCAACGCCUCGAAUGACACCAAGAGAACACCACUGCACUGGGCAGCCCGCAACGGCCAUGCCAAGGUGGUGGAGAUUUUGCUCGAGGCGAGAGCUGAGAUGAACGGUCCAGAUGGAACUGGCAGGACACCUCUGGCGCUGGCCCUAGGCUACCAGCAGGAGGAGGCGGUGGAGAUUCUGCGCAAAGCGGGCGCCGAGGAGCAAGCCAAAUGAUGCCACGCGAUGACGCUGGCGUCGGUGGCCAAGAACAGAUUUCUUAUGCCUGCUGGAGAUACCGUGUCGCUCGGCCGACAAGCUCGGCGAAAAUUCAAGAUGUAAAGGCUCGACUUUGUCCUGGCGACAUUUAGGAAGCUUAGGCACGGGUGUGUCUUUCUUCGAGGGUACCCUUU